AUGAUCCACCACAGAGACCCGAGCGCGCACACGGGCCACACUCACGGAACAGACCCACGCUCAUCUCUCAGACACCCGGGAUUUAUCUCACGCACAGAACACACUGAGGGGGCACGUGUGAAGCGGGGACAGAACGCGCUCCGGAGGAGCCACAGAGAUGUCCAGAUCCACAAAAUCAGCUUCGAGGUCUCGGAGCCGCUCGCGAUCGCGCUCAAGGUCUUCUUCCAAAAGCCGCUCACGGUCUCGCUCCAGGAAGCAUCGCUACAGUUCUCGGUCCAGAAUAGCCGUGAGAGUCGGGGCUUCCAGCGCGGCUUCAGACGCCCCUACAACUUCAGAGGUCGAGGUCGAGGGCGUGGUUACUUCCAGCGCGGACGCUACCAACGUGGAGGAGGAGGAUACAACAACAACAACAACAAUAACAACAACAACAAUCGUCACAACUGGAAAAACUAUAAGAAGCAGCCCAAGUAUUCACAAGGGCAGUUCCACAAUGGUCCAGGUCAUUCUCGAAGCCCUCCCCAGGGGCAGAACCAUCACUCUGAGCCGUCCUGCUCCCCUCAGCCCCGACUGUCCUCCUCACCCAAGAGCACAGUCAACAGAAACCCCAAACAUGAGCCGGAGGAGCUCUCUGGGCACAAUCCAGAAGAGAGAGACACCAAAGGGGAGGAAUACAUGAUGGAAACAAAUAAGGCAAGUGAUGAAAAGAAUCAAGGGACUUGGAUCCCUCUAACAGAAGUCAGCAGCCCCAGGAGAGAGAGCCCCCCCUCCUCCUCUGGAGCUACCUCUGCUCCCACCCCUCAGACUACUGCCAAUGGCAAGAGCAAUGGGGCCCUCUGCUGGAAGAAUGUGUGCAAAGCACCGCUGACAAAGAAGACUUCCCCAGAGAGCCUGAACCCAAUGCUCUCCAGCUUUGACAUCUUCUCUUCAGAAGAGUUUUUGGAUGGAGAUAAAGCAGCUCUCUCUGCUGCUUUCAGAAAAUUUCUGGAAGAGCAAAGUAAAAAAGCAAAGGCGUUGCAUAAAGGCACAGACCGUGCUGGAGAUGAAGAAUCAAAGGUAAAUGGAACAGCGUCUCCUGCUCGCUCUGGCUCAGGAUGUGGACAUGAGAAGGAUGUCAGUGACGAAAAGCACAUCAAUGGCAUUCGAAACACGUUUGCUUUUCGUGCUGGGAAUGGAGGGAAUGACGACAAAAUGAUCAAAAGUCAAACAGGGUCAUUCCUCAGUGAGAAAGGGCUGAGAGAAAAGCCAACAUCCUCAGGCCAAACGUCUGCAGAGAGUAAGAGGCCGAGCGCAGCCUCUGGGUCUGCUGUGGAGGACCUGUGCUCUCGGCAGAACCAGGAAAGUUGCAAAGCCAGAAAGAUGUCUAAAAGGUCUCCUGUCCCUCUGAAUGUAAUGUCACAAAAGAGGGGCAGGGAUUUGUCCACAGACGAGGACUUUAAGGUUUUGCCAACGAAAAAGGAGGCUACGUUUGAUGUGAGUUUGGACUUUCCUGCUGAUAAUCUCUUAAGCUCUUCUGAUAUAAUAGCCAAGGAGCGACAGUUGUCUCAGGAUCUGGUGCAGUCUCAGUCUUCCAAAAAAGACUCGGAGUUUCAUUCUAUCUUUCAGCACGUUCAGGCCGCGCAGGUGCAAAGAAGUUCCUCAGAGCGGUUUGCCCAGCACAUUGUCACCAUUGUGCAUCAUAUAAAAGCUCAGCACUUUACCUCGUCUGGACUGACGCUAAACGAGAGGUUCACCAUGUACCAAAAACAAGCUGCAGAGAAGGAAACAGUCAAAUCACGGAAAAGCCCAGAAAUACACAGGAGACUUGAGGUUUCGCCCAGUGCGUUCAGGAAGCACUCUCAGAUAUUUGAGGCGAUAAAAAGAGCAGAAGAAGCCACUUACAAGGAGCCGGAAGAACCAAGCAAAGCAGACCCACUGGACCUCCGAGGGGAUAUUGAACAACGCAAAAGUCACUGUAGCCAUGAUACAAGCGUGGCCAGUGCGGAACGCCAUGAUCCCAGCGCGGGGAAGACUCCGGUGGUGUUUUCUAAGUUCAUUAAAAAUAAAAAUGUCCGAUCGCGCUCUUCUAGUUCAUCUUCAUCAUCGUCGUCGUCGGAGGAGGAGGAAAAACGGGAUAAAAAGUCCCCGGUGAAGUCUGAGCAGGGGUUGAACAGAGUCAAACUGGACACGAAUGAAAGCGUUUGUGACAGAGGACGCUCGUAUGAAGCUUUUCACAUUCAGAUCCGAGGGCGAAGCUGGAGCCGGGGAACCUCUCGAUGUAGCUCAACAAACGCCAACAAUGAAGACUGGGACCCGGAGUUCACCCCGAAAAGCAACAAGUACUUUUUACACGACGACCGAGACGGCGCCGCUGAGAGCCGGUGGGCCGACGCCACCAGCGCCAGAGGCCGAGGCCGAAUGAACGGUUCGCGUGGACGAGCUCGUUUCAUCAUUCGCAGAGCUAACGGGAACUAUAGCGCCUCCAACUGGAACAACAGGGAACAAGCAGGCGCCGAGCAGGACCACAGAGGCAGCACUGAACGGAAAUGA